AUACGCUCUCCUCAUAGUUUGCGACUUGUAAUUUGUAAUGAAGGAAAAGGUUUGCAAAAUAGAUGAAAGCCAAAAAGCAUACGCUUCUUUGUUUCACUGCGCCCAUAUCAUUUUCCCAUGGCUGGACCCCACAGAGCUCGCCUCGAUUUCCUCAACCUGCAAAACCCUAAAUUCAAUCGCAAAAUCCAUAACUACCGCCCGAAUCUCCGACGCUUCUAGAACAUUCGAGAACCUCCCAAUCCCCUUCGUCAACACCGUCGAUGACCAGCCUUACGCCUACUUCAAUUACACUCCCACCCAAACCCUAGCUUUUAAUCCCUCUUUUUCGGGGCGCCAGCCAUGGGGCGGGAACCGGGUGACCCGACCCGGUUUGUUUGUGGAUACUGUUGUUGUGAGGGAUGCGUGCGGGUGUGGAUGUGAGAGGUGUGAUGUGGAAUUGGAGUGCCCGUGUAGGGAAAUGAGUGCGCCGGAGCUGAGUCGAGAAUGCGGACCGAGUUGUAAGUGUGAGUUGGAGUGUGGGAAUCGGUUGACUCAGAAGGGAAUUGAUGUCAAGGUUAAGAUUGUGAAAGACGAAAGAAAGGGCUGGGGUUUGUUUUCGAAUCAAGUUAUUAAACAAGGGAACUUCGUAUGUGAGUAUGCAGGUGAACUUCUGACAACAAAAGAAGCAAGAUUGAGGCAACAAACAUACGACAAACUUGCACAGGGCGGUAAGUUUUUUCCAGCUCUUCUAGUUGUGAGGGAGCAUCUUCCAUCCGGAAAUGCUUGUAUGAGGAUCAAUAUUGAUGCCACAAGGGUAGGCAAUUUCGCGAGGUUCAUCAACCAUUCUUGUGACGGAGGAAAUCUUUCAACAGUUUUAGUGCGAAGUUCAGGAGCUUUGCUACCACGGCUUUGCUUUUUUGCAUCCAAGGACAUACUAGAAGGUGAAGAGCUUACUUUCAGUUAUGGGGAUAUAAGACUUAACAAGAAAGGCUUGCAGUGUUUUUGUGGUAGCUCCUGUUGUGUCGGAAUCCUGCCUUCCGAGCAAACAUGAUUUCAGUUAUUGAAGAAGAUUGAUAGUUGUCACCUUAUUUAUCCACUGACAUUACAGUAAAUUAAGUUUUGCAUCAGUCACAACACUUGUUGGGUGGUAACUGGGUGAUGGUGAAGUGGCAGUUGCUCUUUGACAAUGACGUUUUUCCUCAAUGAGGCCUCACUGAUUCUAUAUGCCCAAACUUCUAUAAUGAACAAGAAUGAUGAAGAUGUCAGAACUAUACAAGUGUUGCCACUGAAUGAACAAAUCAUCCAGUGGGCAAGAUCGGUGGGAGCUGUGGAAGGGGCAACAAGUCUUUGAACAUGAAUGUCUGUGCCAAUACUUCUAAGAAAUCCUCCACAGCUUCUCUCGAGGCUUUAUGGACCGCCUCUUAAACUUGAAACUGAUUGUUACCUUAACUGAUUAUAACGUUAAACAUUUCUUUGUCCGAGUGUCGGCUGAUGGUCAACAUUUCUAUGUUGUAUUUGAUAUCCUUAUUUUAUUUUAUUUUUGAUAUAAGAUUUACCGGAUUUAUCUA